AUGGAAAGAGCAAUACAAGACAUUAGCUGUGAGGAGGUUGUGGAGCUGCAGGAGCAGCCAGCAACAGGGACCUCGGAAAGACGCACGAGCGUCAUAGAAGAACCACCGCAGGACGGGGAAGCGCCGCCACCCGUCUUACCUCGGGACCUAGAGGUAAGAAGAAGGCGUAUCGAGCUUCAGAAGAAGGAGCUCAAACUGGAAAAUGCUCGGAAGAAUUUGGAGCUGGAAAACGCUCGUAAGGAGCUGGAUAUCGAGCUGCAAGAAAUCGAGCUAGAAGAGGAAAUAUCCGAUCACAGCAGCCGGGUAAGCGCGUACGCCGCGAAAGCGGCAAAUUGGUUGCGAGACACAAAUCGUAUCGGGGUGACGCCGGUAGCUCGCCCCCAUGGCAACGGUCUUCGCAAUGGCGACACGGGUCAGCCACCCUUGAACCCGAUCGCGACCGCGGGAGUAAUGGCAACACGCACGGCCCUGGCACCGCUGCGAUACGACGACACAAUGGCGGACGACGCGCGAGGUCGUCAACCUUCGACUCCGGUAACUGCCCGGUUUCCACCGAAAUAUGACUGUACGUGGGAGGUGGACCAAGCAGCGGCACAAGAACGCGAGUAUAUGGAAUGGAGGCGUGCGGUGGAGGAUUCGAUUAAGGUUCACCGCGAAAGCAAGCAUAGCCGUCCUUACAAACCGGAGGAGAUAACGGGAGCAAAUUCGACAAUGGAGUCGAAACCAGCGACACAGAGACGUGUGUUACCCUUGACACCAGAACAAGAGUCAGCGCGCAAGUCGAUCCCUAAGGAACUUCCGGCCUUUUCCGGAGAUGUCGGGCAAUGGCCAUUAUUUUACGCGACGUAUGUGAGAUCCACAAUUCUUUGUGGUUUUAGUGACGACGAAAACCUAAUAUGGCUUCAACGGGCACUACGGGGACCGGCAUUGGAAUCGGUUGACCACCUUAUGCUGCUACCGGACGGUUUGCCCAAAGUGAUCGAGAUUUUGCGCACGGAAUACGGAAGGCCAGACCUCAUAGUGGAUAGUUUGAUCGAGAAGGUGCGUAAGCUACCCCCCGUUCGUACCGAACGUUUAGAGACGCUGGCCACGUACGGCAAGAUGAUACGGAAAAUGUGCGCGACAAUAGAAGCUUCCGGGCUUCACGAUUAUGAAUGCAACGUCACGCUGCUGAAGGAGCUGGUAGCGAAGCUUCCAGGAGAGCGGGUGUUAGAGUGGGCACGUUAUAAACUAAAACUAAAGCGAGAGACCAUAAGGGAAUUCGACGUGUGGUUUUCAGAGAUCGCACAGGCCGCGAGUGCCGCUUCAAAAACGUUCGAUCGGAACUUGACACGACCCGAAACAUCACGACCACUACCGGGAAGGAAAGCGCCCGCACACGUUAACGUUCACAGCACGACGCGGAGGACACAAUGCGCACUGUGCCAUGAUUCCUGUCGUACGUUGGCUGAUUGUGCACGGUUUGGAGAAAUGACGGUGCGAGAGAGACGAUUGCACAUUCAGGGACGCAAGUUGUGCGUCACGUGCUUGGGCCCGCAUAGGGGCACGUGUUUCGUCAGGACGAAUUGUGGUACCGACGGCUGCCGAGAAACGCAUCACAAACUUCUGCACUGUAGGGAGCAAACACCACAAUCGCACAGGAACACUCAUUCACUUAACUCGCACAUUAGCAACGACACUAAGUCACUUUUCCGCUAUGUUCCAGUUGUGGUUCGCGGCCAGAAGACAGAGAUAACGACGUUUGCGUUUAUAGAUGAAGGAUCCUCGGCUACAUUCGUUGAUCGCAGGCUGAUAGACGAAUUGGGCAUCGAGGGCACCUUGAACCCUUUGUGUUUGAAGUGGACGGACGAUACGCUACGAAACGAGUCCGAUUCGAGGGAAGUUCAGCUGCGGAUCUCAGGUGUGCACCAAGGAGCAUUGGUGUACGACUUACGAAAGGCGCACACCUUGCAAGAUCUGAUGCUACCAGUGCAGACGCUACCGAUCGAAAAGCUGGUAAAGCUAUACCCGCAUCUGAAGGGGCUCCCGAUUGCCGCAUAUGCCAACGUGACGCCUCGUAUCCUGAUCGGUGUCGACAACAUUCAUCUGGGCAAGCCAUUACGUUGUGUAGAAGGGAGCUUCAGCGAGCCGAUUGCUACCAAGACAAGACUUGGAUGGACAGUGUUUGGCCCUUGCUGCUUACCAGCCUCAGUAAGUAGUACGGCAUAUUUUAAUCUCCAUUUAUGUGUCUGUAAUGAAGAGGGAAAUCAGAAUCUGGACAUGGCGCUGAAAAGAUACUUCUCUUUGGAAUCCAUUGGAGUCAGCGCCGCACAGAGACUCCUGCCGAAAGAAGAAGAACGUGCGAUUACGAUGCUAAAUACCGGAACGCGUCUUGUGGGAGAUCGGUUUGAAACGGGCCUGCUAUGGAAGUAUGAUGAUGUGCGUCUUCCCUGUAACCGCGAGAUGGCCCUUAAGCGCCACACGUGCCUGAAAAGGAAGUGCGAAAAGAAUCCGGAAUUAGCCAGGGCAAUCAGCAAUAAGAUGCACGAGUAUGCGGAUAAAGGUUACAUUCGACGUAUGUCGGAAGAAGAAAUCGAUGUGAGGAGAGAAAGGGACUGGUAUUUGCCGAUAUUCCCGGUUUACAACCCGAACAAACCCGGUAAGUUACGAAUGGUAUUCGAUGCUGCCGCACAAGUACACGGAAUAAGCCUCAACAUGUUCCUGCUCACCGGCCCGGACCAACUAGUGGGAUUGGUGCAAGUUCUGUAUAAGUUUCGAGAGAAUCGUAUUGCCGUAACUGGAGACAUCCGAGAAAUGUUCUUUCAGGUGCGCAUGAACCACGCAGACCAACGAAGCCAGAUGGUAUUCUGGGAUGAUGGCAGCAAACAGAAUGGUGAACCUAGUGUGUAUGCUGUUACGGUAAUGACCUUCGGAGCGGCUUGCUCACCUGCUAGUGCCCACUUUGUGAAGAAUCUUAACGCAGAGAGAUUCGUUGACCGUUUCCCGCGAGCAGUGGAAUGCAUUAAGUAUGAGCACUACGUGGACGAUAUGCUGGCCAGUGUCGAAACCGUGGACGAGGCAGUUACUCUGGCGGAGGAUGUGCGGCUCGUACAUUCGAAAGGCGGCUUUGAGAUCCGGAACUGGCUGUCCAACUCGAAGGAUGUCGUGCAUAAGCUACGGUGGGGAGUCAACCACAACAGGUGUGUCGACAUGAGCUCGAACCAAGGCACCGAAAAGGUUCUAGGGAUGUGGUGGAAUACGGACGAUGAUAUGCUUACCUUCCGCAUAAAUCCGCGCAUGGAUGAGGAGCUGUUGGCAGGUGGUAGACUGCCGACAAGGCGGGAAGUGCUGAGCACACUUAUGAUGAUAUAUGAUCCGUUGGGCCUCAUUGGUCACUUCCUCAUGUUCCUCAAGAUACUUUUGCAGGACUUAUGGCGAACCGGGAUUCACUGGGACAAGAAAGUUGAAGGCGAAGCUGCAAAGAAAUGGUUGAGAUGGACUGGAUUAUUGCCGGAACUAGAAAAACUAAUGAUCAGAAGGUGCUAUCGUAGCAUAACAUCGUCGCCAUGCGUGCAAUUGCACGUCUUUACCGAUGCAAGUCAAAGUGGAAUGGCUGCAGUUGCUUACCUGCGCUUUGAGGAAAGCGGUGUGGUGGAGUGCGCACUGGUUGGGUCCAAAACGCGGGUGGCCCCGCUUAAACUCCUAUCUAUACCGCGACUGGAGCUUCAAGCGGCUGUGAUAGGAGCACGCUUCGCGGACCACAUCGCGAAGGCACAUCGAUUGAGGAUCGACAAGAGAGUGUUCUGGACUGAUUCGAGGAACGUGGUGAGCUGGAUAAAGUCGGACCAUAGGCGGUACAGCCCCUUUGUCGCUUUUCGGGUGAGUGAACUGUCCGAAAUCACAGACGCUAACGAAUGGCGUUGGCUUUCUACCAAGGUUAACGUAGCAGAUGACGGAACGAAAUGGCAAGGCGACCCCGAUUUAACCUCAUCCAGCAGAUGGUUCCGAGGACCAGAGUUCCUGUGGGAAGUGGAAGAAAACUGGCCAAUAAAUAAGAACGAUCCAGGCGAGUCGUCGGAGGAACUACGGAAGAGCUUACUACACCACGCCAUCGUUAGAAACGUGGUCGAUUUCGCCCGGUUCUCACGAUGGAAGAAGCUGUUAAGAACAGUGGGUUUCGUUCAUCGAUACGUUGGAAACCUACGGCGUCGAGCGAGACGGGAAAAGAACGCUGCGGGGCCACUGACGCAGGAAGAAUUGUUGGCUGCUGAACAUACCUUGUACAUAUGGGCACAAUUGGACGGGUUUGCUGCCGACAUCAAGCGGAUGAAGAGCGGUGCGAAGGAGAAACACCCUUGGAAGAAUCUGCUCAAACGAGAUAGCGUGCUGUACAAACUAUCACCUGAAAUCGACGAAAGAGCCAUCCGGCGAUUUAUCGCAAGAAGAGGGUCCCCCAGAGAAAUACUCAGCGACCGGGGCACCAAUUUCGUCGGUGCUGCGAGAGAGCUUAACGUCGCCCUGAAGGAUGUGGAUGAAAAUGCCCUGAUGUCCAGAUUUAGCGGUCCGGAACUAAAGUGGAGCUUCAACCCGCCAGCGGCACCCCAUUUCGGCGGCAGUUGGGAGCGUCUCGUGCAGUCGGUGAAGAAAAUUUUAUGCAGCUUUGAGUUACCACGGCUACCAACGGACGAGAUAUUAAUGUCAACGCUGACGGAAGUGGAGAUGAUGAUCAACUCUAGGCCACUUACCUACGUACCACUCAACGAGGAAUCCGACAGCCCGAUAACGCCGAACCACCUGCUUCUGGGAAGUUCCGACGGUAGUAAGCCAGCUGCCUGUUUCGACGAUUCGCCGACAGGGAUACGGACAUCGUUAGGAGCACUACACGUGAACGCGGAGAUAUUUUGGAAGCGGUGGAUCGCGGACUAUCUGCCAACCCUCACCCGCAGAACAAAAUGGUUUGACUCGGUGCCGCCGAUCAAGGAGGGAGAUGUGGUGUUGAUCGUGGAUGGGAACUUACCCCGGAAUACCUGGCCGAUGGGACGUGUGCUUGAGGUGACCCGCGCGAGGGACGGUCAGACUGCGGUGAAUAAGGUGUCGUAA